AUGAGCGUGCCAUUGAGGAUCAAACAAGUCGCAAGCACCCAUCUUGUCACCGUCCUCCAGAAAGUUUGUGGCCUGCUGCAGCCAGAUGUUGACCUGGCAACGCCGAAGAUUAUUCCAACCACGAUCUUCUGUACGAUGUGGAGGAUGAUAAGUACAUCAAAACGUUUCGUUUCGCCUUCUUGGAAGUCUACUGGCCUCCUGAUGGGCAUCUCUACUGAAAUGGUCAUUUACAACCGUGACGUCGCUCAUUGGCCCGCUCACGAUGGGUUCCAGCGCGGCGAGCUGAGCGCGGCCUGCACUAGCUGCUCAAACGAAGUAGCUUCAUACAAGAAGAUCUGGAAUCACGCCUGGAAUUCCACAGGGAUCUGCAUCCGAGCCGAGUACUCAAAAAUUGGCAUCCUGGUGGCCAACGUCUGGAGCUCGUCUACAGCAGCGGUACACCUCUACAAUGCCUUGCAGUCGGAGAAACUGCUUCCACAAAACCUGAUGUGGCCUGAUUUGGAUGUGGUCGCGGAAAUCCUCGGGGAGGACAGUUUCUUUGUAGGUGGCAAGAGCUCUUUCGGCAUGGUUGACUGCUUCAAAAAGGCGUGCUUGCAGCUAGGAGCCUCAGUUUCUGCGGUUGCUGGAUUGCGUCGAAGCCAAACGAUAGGCUCCCUACACUCGGCCGCCGGGCCUCGUGGUAUCAAGGCAGACCUGGGAUCAGUGACGAAUGUGUUUGUGGAGCGGUACAGUUGGAAGAUGGUCAGUUUGCUAUGGUUCCUUGUCAUGUCACUUUCCUAG